AUGGAAAACGAUCAGGGUGUCCUUGUCGAGCUUUACGUUCCCCGAAAGUGCUCUGCCACUAACCGAAUCAUCAAGGCUGAUGACCACUCCUCCGUCCAGAUCAACGUGGCCAAGGUUGACGAGAACGGCCGAGCCAUUGCCGGUGACAACAUCACCUACGCUCUGUCCGGCUACGUCCGAUCUCGAGCUGAGGCUGACGACUCUCUCAACCGACUCACCCAGCAGGACGGUAUCCUCAAGAACGUCUGGUCUUACUCCCGAUAA